CUGUCUAGAUCCUGGCUCGAGAAGAUGGCGGCUGUGCAGCCCGUGUUGGUCUGCGGUCCCGGCUCCGAAUGCUGGGCAGUGCCGUGGUCUUCGGCUCGAGGUCCGGUACGGGACUUCAUCCGCUCUUACUGCCGGCACAGGGGUAUUCCAGUGGAUUGCUUCUAUGUGAAAUGUAAUGGACAACUAACUAACACUGAAGAUGUGGUUCAAUAUGGAGCAGUUUAUAGUUUGGAGCCCAGACUCUGUGGAGGAAAAGGAGGUUUUGGAUCUAUGCUUCGAGCACUUGGUGCUCAGAUAGAAAAGACAACUAAUCGAGAAGCAUGUCGAGAUCUCAGUGGAAGGAGACUUCGAGAUGUCAACCAUGAAAAGGCAAUGGCUGAAUGGGUAAAACAGCAAGCCGAGCGAGAAGCAGAAAAGGAGCAGAGACGCCUGGAAAGGCUGCAGCGGAAGCUGGUGGAGCCAAAGCACCACUUUACCAAUCCUGACUACCAGCAGCAGUGUCACGAGAUGGCCGAGCGAUUGGAGGAUUCCGUCCUCAAAGGUAUGCAAGCUGCCUCAAGCAAGAUGGUGUCACCCGAGAUUAAUGACAGUAGGAAACGAACUAAUGAACCUGAGAUAAGUGGUGGAAUCAAAUCAAAGAAAAGGAAAUGCUUUUGGAUGGGCAUGGAAGGAUUAGAAGAUGCUGGGAGUUCAGAUGAUGGGGAUAAUGAAGAAAUCCCCAGCACUUCAGGAAUGAGCUUCCACUCACCAAAUGGCCAUACUGAAAAUGUUGAUAAAUCAGCAGAAUUUUCCAGGAGUUGUAAGGAUUCUGUAGGUGUGAGUGUAUCAGAAAAGCCACAGGUACCUGCCAUUAACUCUGAGACUGUCACCCCAGUGGAAGGGUGUGGUGAGCUGGUCGAGAAGCCCACAGAGAAGCAGGUACUGGAGAAGACAGAAGAGAUGGAAGUGGAGAGAGAGAUCAAUGCAGAGAAGGAAGCAUGUGUGGCAGGAAAGGAAGAAGAAACAAAUACAGCACAAGACAAGGAAGAAGAAACCAAAGGAGCGCCUGAAGGAGUCGCAGAAAAGAUGCCACUUGAUAAACCGGAGGGAAGCCUGACAGGAAACAAAGAUCUUCAAGAACCUAUAGAUCUUCUGGCAUUCAACUCAGUUGAAGAAAUGGAAGUGUUGGGUUUGGAGAAGCUUAAAUUGGAACUAAUGGCACUGGGACUUAAGUGUGGAGGCACCUUACAGGAAAGAGCAGCAAGGCUCUUCUCUGUCAGAGGACUAGCAAAGGAACAGAUAGACCCUAGCUUAUUUGCCAAGCCCACUAAAGGGAAGAAGAAAAAAAAUCCAUAGAGGCUAAUUUCUUCUUGCUCUUUAUACCAGUAGUUUUCUUUCUCUGAAAAUGGUAACCUUUAUUGCUAUUUCUGCAAUUAUUGUUGUUUCAUUAAAACCAGACUUUUCAUUGAUUUUAGUGGUUUUAAAAUUAUAUUUAAAGAGGCACAACUCUAAAUUACAAUAAACAUGUUUUAUAAGUGAUACAAAAGGAGAAUUUUGUGUUGUAAAAGUCAUUACAACAUGUUAUGCUUUAGUUCUUCAUAAAGAAAAAAAAGCUGCUUUAUAUAAAAUUUUACAAAAAAAUACAGAAAUAAAAUUGUUUUAUAUUCAGAAUAUUUUUUUAGACAUUGAGAUGGUCUAGAAAUGGUUGGCAUGCCAAGUCAAAUCAACAGUGAGUCAUAUAAGUCCCUGCACUAUGCUCAGUGGUAGAAGUACAAACAAAGGUAGCUGGGGAGAUUUCUACACUGACCUGAUAUGUUAUCUUAAGAUAUUUGAAUAACUGUCAUUCUUUGUAGCUCCAGAGGGUGAUCUUAAGACCUAUGGAAGAUAGAAGUUAAAUGGAAGCAUAUUUUGGUUUAGUCUAAGAGAGCUAUGUUGCUUUAUCAACUGCCUUGCCUAGGAAUAAGUUCUCCAUCAUUCCUGAAGUAUUGAAUGAUUUAUCUGUCAGGUACGUUGCAAAUGGGGUUCCUGCUUCUUGUUGGAAGCUUAAAAUAGAUUAUUUCUGAGGACCUUUCUAGCUUUAAACCAGGAAAAUUUUGUUGUUUGCUUCAUUCUGCCUUCCCCCCAAAGAAUUGCUGGGGGAGCAGACUCAAAUGUUUGAGAAAAGGAGAGUGAGGGUGAUUCUUUUCAGAAAUGUUCCAUGUUAGGGGCAGCUAGGUGGCACAGUGGAUAGAGCACCAGCCCUGAUUCAGUAGGACCUGAGUUCAAAUGCAGCCUCAGACACUUAACACUUACUAGCUGUGUGACCCUGGGCAAGUCACUUAACCCCAAUUGCCUCACCAAAAAAAAAGAAAUUUUCCAUGUUAAUUUUCACCAGGGUCUUGCCCUUUAAUUAAAAACAAAAGAGAAAAACGUGCCCGAUUCCUUUGAGAACAAGAAGGUAUUCAGGAGGUGAAUGCUGUCAGAUUUACAAAAAUAAUUUGCAUUUUUAUUUGUGACUAACAAAAAUCAGGAGAAAUCAAUGGAAUUUAAAUUCCAAGUGUAUUCCUUCUAUGUGCAAAAUCAGUUGCCUUGAUACACAAUGAGCCUAUGCAAAGAAAAUUAUAAUUUUUAUGGAAAUGAAGAACCAAUUAAACAAGGGACAUUAUAUGCAUCAUGCCAGGUUGAUAAGUAUCAAAUUUUACCAAUAGUUUCAGUACCAGUCAAAAUGCUGACAGGUGAUUUGAUAGAAUGGGAUAAAACUAUAACAAUUUAUAAGGAAAAACAAAUUUAAAAUAUCAAGAGGAGCUCUGAAAACAGUGCCAAAAAGGGGACUUGUGCUCUUUCUCCACCCAAAAAAAUGUAUGGAUUGAAGAUUUCAUCAAUUCAUGCCAUUUAAAACCUAUUAGAUAAGUCUUAGUUGCCUGAGGCUUAGUCGGAUUAAAUAAUUGGCACAAACUGUUCCAGAAGCAGGAUUUGAAUUGGACUCUUCCUGAUUGUAUGUUCAGCCCUCUGUCAACUAGGCCACAUUGCCUCUCAAUUGCCAAAGAACUGUUUAUCAAACUAUCUAGUGCUUCAUUACAAAAGAUAGGAAAAUAGAUCAGUGGGAGAGAGGCAGCAGGGCAUAGUAAAUAAAGAGAUAGCCUUAAGACAGAAAAACCCGAGUGUAAAGUACCACCUCUUGAGUAGUGUGUACUGGCCAUGUGACCCUAAGCAAAUCGCAACCUCUCAGCUAUAGGCAGCUUUCUAAGACCAUAAAUUGAAGAGAAGGUGGCAACCUAAAUUGUUAGGGAGAGUUUCCUACUCUAAGAAUUCUCUAUCCCUAGAUAAGUGGGAUGAAUUUAGGGAAUCCAUUAAAACCAAAAUUAUUUCCAAAAACCCUAAAAUUGGGGAAAGAAAUUCAGUAAAAUUUGUUACAAAAAUAUGGAUAACACUGUAGCAAAAAAAAAUAAAUAAAAUUGACCUAUAUUGUACACCAUAAUAAAUUUCAAUUUGAUCAGUAAUCAGAUGUAACUUCCUACCCAGAGAGUUGGCAGAGUUAAAUACAACAAAAUUGUGUAUUAGCCAGGUUGUAAGAAAUAGGGACAGCUCUUGCCUUGAGGAACUGUGCUGUGAUGCAGUUUUCUGAAAGGUAAUCUUGACCAUAGACCGAUAGGUUACAAAACUGGUUCUACUAUUUGGCCUGGUGAUCCCAUUGCCAGAAUGAUUACCUCUCUAUGAAAAAAAAACAUUCACAGUAGCUUUAUUUGUGAUAAAAAAAAAAACAAAAACAAAAACAGACAAGUCCAGUGGUUGGGGAAAAUGGUUGUAGUGAAUUCAAUGUAUUAUCAUUAUUGCUCCAUAAAACAUGACAAACAUGGAAAAAUAUGUAAAAUAUUAUAAAGAAUCAGAACAACAGACCCUGAUAAUCACUACAUAUAUUUUGAAGGCAGAAAAUCUGAUAUGUACAUGGACAGAAAAGGACAUAGCAAAUAAGAUAAUUUGCCAGAGUGAUGUAGGGGGUAGGAUGUUGAAUUUUGAGUGAGAACACCUGGUUUGAAUCUCAAUUGGCAUCUGUGUGAUCAUGGCCAAGGCACUUAACUUAUCUGGGUUUCAGUUUCCUCAUCAGUAAACAGGAUUAGACUGGAUGACCACUGAGGUCCCUUGCAGCCCUACAUUUCACAUAUACAAGCUGUUCCCAAAGUCUUGGUGCUGUUUUAAGCUUUGAUAGGUUACACAUUCACUUUAAGGUUUAAUAGCUUAAAAAUCCACUAAGACUUUUGGAACACCCAGUGUAAUGAGGUGAGUGUGUCUCACAUAUGCACAUGUAGUAGAAUGUUGAGGGGGUGCUUUGAGCAGCAGCUGCUUCAAGGCUUAUUAGUGAUACUAUUUGCUGCAAAUCUUAAAGAAUGGUUGAGUUCUUGAUCUAGGCACUCUCUCCAGGGAUGCAGAUCUACUCCCUAGUAGAGAUUUUACCUCAGUGCUCAGAUCAACAAAUGUACUUACUGGGUACCUACUAUGUGUGAGGCGCUGAGAUACAAAGCACAAAACAACGAUCCCUGCCUUCUCUGAGCUUACAGGUUCACAAGUACUGCAAAAGGUAAAUUGAAGAGGAAGAGAGCAAUAACAACCAGGGUGGGGAGGCAGGGAAGGCUUCACUUAGGUGGGGACACCAGAGCUGAGCCUGGAAAGAAAAUAGGCAGAGCAAGUGAAUUCUAGACACAGGCCAGCUGAUCAUGACCCCUACUCCAGAGCCAGUGUCCCAAUGGCAUUGUCUUUUCUAUUUGUAUCUGAUCCAUAAAGGGAGCACUUAAUAAGGGCUUUUUUAUUAGUUAAUUGACAAGGAGGCAUUGCAGUAGGAUUUUAGUGGAAUUUGAAUAUUUUAAAAAUAAAUUUUAUUGAAAUUUUUUUAACAUCACCAAAUUUCUCCACUUCUCUUGUAGAAAGCCCCCCUAAAUAUUUUUUAAAGGAAAAAAAAUUUUUUUAACCAGCAAAACCAAUUAAUACAUAAAAAUCUAAAAAUACCUUGCUACCUCUGCAAAGGACUGGGCUAUGGAUAUCUUAUCUCUUCUUUGGAGCCAGGCCUUUUCUUUGUAAUUUUAUUUUUGUAAAUUUAAAAAAAAAUUCUACAAAUACAAAAUGAAAAAAAAACCACCCCAAACCUGUCGCCAUGUACACAGCAGGACAUAGGAGAGGAUUCAAUAUAAAACAAUAAAUUUCCAUUUCAAGAAAACCUAUAUAAUUACUACACAUUGUUUUUAAAUCUGCCUAGCUUUGCUUCCUUGUUGGUUUUCUUUUGUUCUCUGCUGUGUACUUUUUACUUUAUUAUCUUCCCCCCUCCCUCCCCACCCCAAAGAAGACUGCAAUUAAGCAUGGAUAUAUACAUGUACAUAGAUAUCUAUACACACACAUAUACACAUCUAUACUCAUACACGUAUAUGUAAGACUGUACUAUGCUUAUUUUCACUCAUCUGUUUCUCUGAUGGUGAACAGCAUCUUCUUUCGUAAGUCCAAGUCUUUCCAUACCUUUCCAAGUCAUCCAUCUCAUCAUCUAUAUCACAGCAUUAUUCUAACCCAAUCACAUCCUAUCUGAGAGAUUGUCCAUGAAAGUGUCUCCAGCUUGCUGCCUUCUUUCUAUUUUUGGCCUCGUAGGCUUUAUUCAUACAAUAAAAUUUUAAUUUAAAAUAGUCGAAAUUAUCCAUUUUAUACUUCAAUAAUGCUCUCACCUUAUAACGUAGUUUAAGGUCUGAUUCUGCUGAAACUAUGUCCUGUUUUUGGUAAUUUUGCAAUAUUUACUUUUGAUUAUUUCUCGAUCCUUUUCAUUUACAUUGUCAUAGUCAUUGUAUAUGUUUUCUUGACUCUGCUUCACUCUGCAUCAGAUCCUGUAAAUCUUUUCAUGCUUCUUUGUAUUUAUCAUAGUCAUCAUUUCUUACCACACAGCAAUAUUCCAUUACAUUCCAAUACCAUAGUUUGUGUAGCAGUUCCCCAGUCAGUGGGCAUCUACCUUGUUUCUACUUCUUUGCUACCAUAAAAAGUUUUGUUAUAAAUAUCCUGGUGUAUAUGGGGACUUUAAAAAUUAUUAUUAUCCAGAAUUUUAUUUUUUCCAA